UGGGGGGGCUCUGCUUUAUGGGAUUGUGGGGAGAGGCUCGGAGGGGCUCUGCUUUAUGGGACUCUGGGGGGGGUUCUGGGGGGUCUGUGCUCUAUAGGAUCAUGGAAGGGGCUUGGGAGGGCUCUGCUUAAUGGGAUCGUGGUGGGGGGCAUGGAGGGUCUCAGCCUUAUAGGAUGUUGGGGAUGAUUUGGGGGGGUCUCAGUCUUUGAGAUAUUGGGGCCACUUUGGGGGGGGCUUAGCCCUUAGGACCCCCAGGGAGGUCUUUAGGGUGGGCUCAGCUUUUGGGAUACCGGGGUCCUUUUGGGGGGAGGGCUCCAACUUUAUGGGCUGAUGUGGACAGUUUGGAGGGGUUCUCAUCUCUGAGGGAUAUUGGGGACAAUUUGAGGGAUCUCAGCCCUUUGGAACCCCAGGGAGGAUUUUGAGGGGGGAAGGGGGCUCAGCCUUUUGAGUUGCUGGGGAUGAUUUGGGGAUGUUCAGCUUUACGGGACGGUGGGGGCACUUUGGGGGGUGCUCAGCUUUGUGGGAUAUUGGGGAUACUUUGGGGGGGUCUCAGCCCUUAGGAUGCCGGGGGAGGGCUUUAGGGUGAGCUCAACCUUACGGGAUCCCAGUGUUGAGCUCAGCUCACUGUUGUGUCCCCAUGGGGACCUGUGGGGGCUCCGCAUGGGAUGGGGUCCCUGCCGGCGCUGCCAUCUCCCCACUGUCCCCCCGACGCAGGCGCCUUCAUGGUGCACGUGGCCAGCUCCUGCCCACUGGCAGCCAACGGCUCGCUGCUGGGCUUCGACCUCACCGUGACCUUCAACAAGAACCCGCUGGUGUGCUACGACCCCGACGGCCGCCGCUUCACCGCCUGCGACUGGGGGCUGCUGCACAAGAUCUCCGGACAGAUUGCCAUUGCCCUCAACAAUGGCACCACCUGGGUGCAGCGUGCAGAGGCGCGGAGACAAGCGUGCAGCAAGCUGGCUGCACGGUUCUGGGCACACACGGCGCUGCGCAGGACUCAGCCCCAGGUCCGCAUCGUCUCCGCGCAGACAGGGAAUCCCAGCGUGCCCAUCCGCCUCACCUGCCACGUGUGGGGCUUCUACCCCCCCGAGGUGACCAUCAUCUGGCUGCACAACGGGGACAUCAUGGGGCCCGGAGACCACUCGCCCGUCUCCGCCAUCCCCAAUGGGAACUGGACCUACCAGACGCAGGCGGCCAUCUCGGUGGCCCCGGAGGUGGGGGACACCUACACGUGCUCGGUGCAGCACGCCAGCCUGGAGGAGCCCCUCCUGGAGGAUUGGCGUCCUGGGCUGACGCUGGAGGUGACGCUGAUGGUGGCUGUGGCCACUGUAGUGAUGGUGUUGGGACUCAGCUUGCUCAUCACCGGUGCCUACCGCUGGCGGGCCCAGCCCCCUGCUCCAGGUUACGCUCCACUCCCCGGUCACAGCUACCCCUCAGGCAGCAUCUGACGGACACCUGCUGUCACCAACUGUCCCUAUGUGUCCCCGUCCCUGACCCUGAGCCGUGGUGCUGACAUUAAAGACACUCUGCAGCCUC